AUGGUCAUGCAGGCCAACUCGAACCUGUUGCGCAAGAAGAAGUCGGAGAAGUACAGCAGCAAUGUGACCAAGCGUGGGCAGGUGAAGCAGAAGAAGCUGCUGGCUCAAAACAACGAGUCGGUGGGUGGCGGCGACGACUCUGUUGUCGGCGCACUCAAGGCGCUCGCGCAGGCGUCGGCCAAGAUGCGGCUGCUAUGUGAGCUCGAGGCGUCGUCCAUGUCGCUGCUCCAGCUCUCGGCCGGAGUCGCAUCGGGCGAUGUCGAUGGCGCCCACGUGUGGGGCCUUUACACUUGGUGGCUUGCGCCGCUUCUCUGCCACGCCGAGGACGACCUGAUUACUCUGCUGAGCUCGGGCGCCGUGGCGGCCGAGUCGUACGAAGGCGUGGAGCGUAUCGCGGUUUCACUCCAUCAGAUCUUCGGCCUGUUGGCCCAGGUGCGGUCUCCGGCUGACUGGGACUUUGCCACCCGCCAAGCCUUUCUCCUGCGCUGGCGCUGGCUCUCGGCGCUCAUGCGGAGCGAAGCCAUGGUUGCGGCUUGGUCGGCGGCGACCCGCGACGCGAUGGACGCGCUUGAUCGCGUUGCCCGCGGCGAGGGCAUCAUCUCGGACGACGUGCUCUACUUUGAGGGCUUCCGCCGCCUGGGUCUCGUCUCGGAGCGCGCGCGCGCGCUGCAUGCCACUGUUUCCAGCGCGGAGGGCAUCAUCGACGGCCCGCGAUUCGAGAUUCUGGUGGACGGCCUUGCGGCUGCGUUUUGGGCCGAUGCGCGGAUCGGACCCGAGGCCAGCGACGACACCACCCGCGACGCGCUGAUGGACGCGCUGGAGGCUUCGAUCUCCGGUGUGGUGAGUUCGAUGGCCAAGGGCGCGGCCUCGCAGGAGCUGCUGGCUCAAAACAACGAGUCGGUGGGUGGCGGCGACGACUCUGUUGUCGGCGCACUCAAGGCGCUCGCGCAGGCGUCGGCCAAGAUGCGGCUGCUAUGUGAGGUCGCUGGCGCUUUGCCUGCUAUUGUGGCGUCGGGCGGCAAGAAGAGCGUGCCGCGGGCGGUGCUUGAUGCUCUGCGAAACGAGGCUGUGACCAAGGACGGCGGGGCCAAGCUCGAAGCCUACGACCCUGCCGCAGUGGAGGUCCAUGUCGUGUUCCGGCUCGCGCACUGGGUCCUCGAUGCACUGCCGUCGCUCCCUGUUGCCGAAGUGGAGCGGACCGGUCUCCCACUAGCGUACGAACUUCUCGGUCGGUGCAUGGGCUCAGUACUCGAUGGCCUGCUCGAGCCGGCCGGCCUUGUAGCUCCGCUUGAGCUGUACUCGGCGUUUGCCACGCGGGCAGCGUUCUCAACGCUUGGUGCAUGGGACGAGAUCCGGCUCGCAGAGCUUUCGUCCAAGUACGUGCUUGUCGGCUCGCUGCUCGAUGCGGUCCUGUCGGCGUCAUCGUCGGCUGUCCUCGAGUCGGCCGACAUGCUACUGGCCGCCGACAGCGGUCUCCUCCGUGGCCUCCUCACCCAGAUCCUGUUUGCCUUCCGCCCGUCGGGUGCUGCACUUGGCGAGUGGAUGGCGCUUCUCGACGAGGGCAAGUGGGCACUUCUUGCCGAGGCCGUGGCGUCUGGCGUCCACGAGCCGCGGUUUGUGGCGGUCAUGGCGGAGCUUGGCGAGCCGUUGUUCGAGGCCCUGGCGGCACACGAGGCGGCACUGGCAAAGAUCGACGCUGUCGACAGCGAUGUGGCGCUCGACGAAGCCGCGUCGCUGGAAGCGCGGUUCCGUGCGCUGGCGGCCAAGGGUCGGGCCCACCUUCUGGUUGGCGCUGUGAGGGCGCAUCUCCUUACGCCGACACAGCCGAUCGAUCCGGUAGCGGCGCCGCUGGAGGCGCUCCGUCUGGCCAAGUCGUGGCUCGCGGCGCUGGAGGCCGAGUCAGCUACCGACAAUGUGUCGAGCGAGGUGGUCCGGACGAGCGGAGAUACCGGAGCCAGCGCCGCGGCCGAGUCUGCUCAUGUCCGCGCCGGCGUCCGCGCUGGCGUCAUGGCUAUGCUCCAGGAGCAGGUGGCAGACUUUAUGCGGGCGCUACCGGAUGGUGGAGUCUGCACUUCGGCCCGACCAGGCUUUGCCGAGCUGUACUCGAUGCUCGACGGGUUCAUGUCGUCGGUCCUUGAGCCGCAGGCUGUCAUGGCGCUUGAAGCUGAACUGACCGAGGCGGUGGCGCGCGGCAGCCCGUCGCCUGGAGUUGUGGAGAAGGCGAGCCUGGCGCGGGAGCAGGUGACUACGGUGACCACGCGCCUCACAGGCAAGUUUGAGACCGAGCUCGGUGAUGUUGUGGCGCCGCUGACGACUGCGCUCAAGAUGGCCGCCUUUGGGUUGGAGAUCCUGACCGGAUGCGCGGCCGACGGUGUGCUGCAGGCCGGCAGCCUCGCAGUCUCGGGUGCGGUGGCGUCGCUGGUGCAGGUCCCGUCGGGCCCUGCCUUUGGCUUUCCCGCCAACGUGCAGUGCGUGGUGAAGCUGAUGACCCAUAAGCAGGUGAAGGCCUCGCUGGCGGUCCGAUUUGCACUCCUCCGGCUGAUGAUGGGCUACACGCUUGUCCACCUGGCGACAGAGUGCGACAACGAUCCAGGCAAGCUGACCAAGUUUGAGCUCGCGCUUGUCUCGUCGCUCUUUGACGCCUUUAUGGAGGCGUGGUUCGAGGCCGACGGGGCGCGGCGGGCGCGUGAGGCCGAGGCUGCCGCCGCCUUCCGCACAGUGACCAAGUCGUGGGACGCGACGGCCGAGAAGGAGAAGGAGGAGCAGGAAGCCGAGUUUGCCGAGUUCUUCCCCGACUACCAAGCCGACUUUGCCGAGCUUGUUGAUCCAGACGGCUCGAUUCCUUUUGAGCUCGAGAUGAAGCUCAAGGAGCAUGCCGAGGGCAUCCGCAGCAUGGAUGAGGGCACGAGCAACGAGGCGCUGACCGGCUCGCUCUUCCUUGCUGAGGCCACCUCCGGCCAAGGAGGCCGGGUCCGUGGCAAGCGGGGGAUGCGCGGCGCAGCCAAGGUGCUCUCGCCCAAGACGGUGUUUGAGAUGGUUCAGGUCUACGCGCAGGUCUUUGUCGAGGGCGAGGUCGGGGCGCUCGACGCGCUCGGCUCGGUCAAGCUUGGCGAACAGGUGGCAGAGCUUGCGGCGGCGGCGCAAGCGAGCAAGGCGAGCAAGGUUGCUGGGCGGUCGUUGCUGCAGCGUGUCAACCAAGUCGCGUUUGAGGUCUGCCGCAUGCUCACGGUCGGUGAGGGCGACGAGACGGCGAGCCCGAUCCGGCUACUCGGGCGGCUGGAUGCGGCGGCGCAGGCUGCGUUCCUCUUCAUGUCAGGCGUUCUCGUCUCGGUCGUCCGGCCGUCGAUGAAAUCUGGCAUCGGGCCGGGCGAGGGCGAGGAGCCGAUGCUGGGGCUUGAGUUUACCACCAACGACGACGCGACCGUGGCGCUAUCGUGCUCGCUGGUGAAGACCGGCGUGACGUACGACAUCCACAACGACGCCAACGUGGGCGAGCUGACCCGGAUUCAGGCGCCGCUGGGCGCGCUGCGGGCCAAGCUCGCGCUGCUGCUCGAGACGUGGCCAGACCAGCCCGCGCUUGUUGGUCUGAGGCUGGUAACCGACUCGCUCCUUGCGCUCCCAGUCUCGACGCCGCUGAUGAAGGCGGUGUUUGGCAUGGAGCUACUGCUGUUCCGGUCGCAGGACUGGGAGCAGUACGCGUCCAAGGAGGUCUCGCUCGUUGCCGAGUUGCGGCCGAUCAAGGUGCUCAUCAAGUUCUGGCGGCGCCGGAUGGUCGAGUCGUGGAGCUGGCUGCUGGAGAGCGAGGACCGCAAGCACGGUGAGCGUGCGGCGGCGUGGUGGUUCUGGCUGUACAAGAUGGCUGUCCACGGCGAAGCUUCGGCCGAGAUGGCGCCGCAGCUGAGCUCGGCAGCGGUGGCGAGGGCCGGAACUGCGGUGGUGGCAGACGCCAAGGCGCUGGUGGAGACGCUGGUGACGUUUAUGGAGACGUCUUCUGUUGGCGAGUUCCGGUCACGGCUGCAGCUGCUACGUGCGCUGAUGGGCCACAUGCGGCUUCAGCUGGGUGCCGACGCACACGCGCGAGUUGUUGUCAGCCACCUUGUGGCGUACUACUCGAUCUUUGACGAGGUGCGUGCUCGGAGCGUGCGGUCCAGGCGUGAGCCGAUCGAGAAAGAGCUGGUCAACACGGCCAAGAUUGCGCGGUGGAAGGACGAGACGUACUUUGGCAUGAAGGCGGCGACCGAGGCGACCCACCGCAAGUUGCUCAAGUAUGUCCGCAAGUAUGCCAACAUGCUCGCGCAGCCGAUGGUUCCGGUCUUUGACUCGGUCACCGUCGCCAGCCUGAGCGUGCAGGGCCUCAACGAGGGGUGCCGCGGCGACGGCGGAAGCGCCGAGUUGGCGGGCGAUGUGCCCGGUGCAGCUAGCGCGGCGCUGGCUACGCUCUCGGACGACGCACUGGCUGCGCUUGACAUGCUCGACGAAGCUGAUGUCGGCGCCAAGAUGACGAAGCGACUCGACUCUUGCGUGCGCAAGUACGUGGGAUACAGCCAGGCGGCGUGGGAGGCUGCUGCGGCAACGUUUGCGGUGACCGGUGUGGAGAGCGUCGAGGGCAUUGUGUCUGGCCUGUUGGCACGGAUGAAGAAGCUACAGGAGGCGACCAAGGCGAUGAGCCUGAAGAAGAAGGCGUUGACCGACGGGCUGAAGGCGCUGGAGGCGAUGGGCCUCUCGCACCAUGCCACUGCGGACACGUUUGAGUCGCUGCCGCAAGUCUUUUCGGUAGCGCCGCUUGCUGAGGCCAAGCCUGGCGACGAGCUGACUGCCCAGUGGCUCGGCGACGCCGACCGGUACUUUUGGCGUGCGUUGACGCCGCUGGUGCGGAUGCAGGCGCUCGCCGGCUCGACGGAUCUCUCGACCCGUGAGUCGACGCGGCUCCGUGGCUUUGCACUGGCGAUGCACGCGCUGGCCGGUCGCGAGCGGACGAGCAUGCUGGCCGGUGCGCAGAGCGCAGGCGAACUUGCCAAGCUGGCGUCGGCGCUGCAAAGCGUUGUGGCGAGCCUGCAGAGCGAGGCGCCCGAGACUGUCACGAUGACGACCGGCGAGGCACGGGCGCGGGUGGAGGCGACGCUGCGGCGGGUGCGUGGCACGCAGCUCGCGCUUGAUGAGACAGUCCUGGUCAUCAAGUCGGUCUCGCUUGCGGCGUACGCUGCCAAGUGGGGCGCGCGGUAUGGGACGGCAUGGUCGUCAUCGGGUGUCGAGGCGUUGCGGGCCUCUGUUGCGAGCGUUGGUGACGCGCUCAAGCGAGUGCUUGAGGCGGCGGUGAUCAACGUGCCGCAGGCGCUUGCCGAGCUUCGAGCGACCACGAGCGCGGCCGAGGGCUGGCUCGCCAAGUGGGACGGGAUCUGCGAGAGCAAAUGGGGCGACGUCCGCCUGGGCAAGUGCCUCUCUGGUGUGGCUGCAGCGAUGUCGAGCGUGGCUGACACGGCGACGGCUCGGGUUGCUGAUGCCGGCGCUGUUGUGCCGGCCGAGGGCGAGGUCCUCCUUGCUGCUGCGCAAGUUGUCUCGGCCGCGCUUGUCGAGAUGCAGGGAGUGAUGGCUGCAGUGAGCGCGAGCGCGAACGCGAGCGCUCAGUCCACCAGCGGUGGCGAAGGUGGGGAAGUUGCCGACGAGGGCGGCAACGAGCUCGCGGCUGCCGACGCGCUGGCGCGGGCGAUGGUCGACGCGCUGGCAAGCGGGAGGCUGGCGGUGGCGGCGCGAGCGCUCACGGUGGCGGCGAGCGAGGCUGCCAGCGCUGGGCUGCUGGGAGCGGGAGCCAAGGAGGUGCUGACCGGCGUCUCGGUCCUUGUUACCACUGCGUCUGGGUUCUACUCGCGUGUGGUUUCCGGUGGAGCACGGCUCCACCGGUGUGUGUCCAAAAUGGCGUUUGUGCUCGGCGCGGUGGCGGCGUCUCUGCUGGAGACCGGGUUCUGCGGCGACGAGGAGGACGGUGAAGGCGAGGGCGAAGACGGUGGCGAGGGCCCGAUGGACAUGAAGUGGGAGGACGGGACUGGAAUGGGCGAGGGCGAGGGCAAGAACGACGUGUCGGACCAAAUCGAGGACGAGGAGCAGUUGCUCGGACUCGAGGACGAUGCCCCGCCGCCGCCGCAGGACCAGGAGGAAGACCGCGAAGUCGGCGAGCCGGAGAGCGGCAAGGAGAUGGAGAACGACUUUGAGGGCGAGCUCAUGGACGUGCCUAAGGACCAAGCCAACGAGGACGACGCGCAGGAUGAGCGCGAGCCGCAGCAGAUGGACGAGCAGAUGGGCGAGAACAACGAGAAUGAGGAUCUUGUCGACGAGCGGAUGUGGGACUCGGACGACGACGUCAACGAGAAGGACGAGCUCGACGAUGUUGAGGGCGUCGACGACGAGCAGAAGCUCGACGCGUCCAAGGUCCAGGAGAUGGAGCUCGAGGCUGUGGAGAAGGACAGCUAUGGCGAGGACGAGUCCAAGCCCGAAGACGAGGAGCAGCCGCAGGAGAAGGGCAAGGACGACGAGUCUGGCGAUGAUGGCUCCGAGUCUGGCGAGGCCGAGGACGAAGAUGACGACGGUGAGCUCGGUGAGCUCGGUGCGCCCAAUGAGAUGCCGGAGGAUAACGAAGGCGGCAACCUGGAGCUCGACAUGGACAACUUUAAGCUGGAGGACGACGAUCGCGGGCCCGAGGAGGAGGAGUCGGGCGGCGAGGAGGAGGACAACGAAGAGUUUGUGGAUGCGCUUGCCGACAAGGAUGUCGAGGGUGGCGAGGAGGAGGAGAACGACGAGGCCGCCGGUAGCGGCGACGAGGCCGAGGCUGAAGACGAGGCUGAGGCUGAGGACGAGGCCGGAGAGCGCGAGGGCGACGACGACGGCGGCGAGGACGAGCUCAAAGAGAUGGAGCUCGAAGGCGACGAUCUCGAGCAGAACGAGACCGGCAACGACGGGCUCGAUGAAGGCCACCUCGGCGAGGAGGAGGACGACGCCGGUGGCGAGGAGGAGGACGACGCCGGUGACGAGGAGGACGACGAGGCUCGGCACGAGUCAACUAAGGAGCUCGAGGCGCUCGACGCGGCGGUGCCGACGGUCGACACCGGCGAGCACAACACGGUGAUGGAGCAGGAGCCGGCUGGCGGCGAGGACGAGCAGGACCAGGUGGACGACGUGGGGACGACUGCCGGAGCGCGGACGCAGGAGCAAGAGGCGCUGGCGCAGGAGACCCACGCCGGGGCGCAGGCUGACGAGUCGCAGGAGACCGAAGCGAGCAACGAGACCCGCGGGUCCGAGUCGAACCCGUUCCGGUCGCUCGGCGACGCACUGCAGGAGUGGAUGGAGCGGGCGCGGAUGAUUGACGACGGCGACUUUGACAAGCCGCAGCAGAAGGAGGACGUCGACGAGCGUGAGGCCGAGGAGACCGGCGGCGAGAAGCGCGAUUGGGCGGCAGACCAGGAGUUUGAGUUUGUCCACGACGAUGACGCGCCUGCCGAUGACCAGGUCAUGGCUGCCGCGCUCGACGAGCAGGUCGAGGCCCAGCAGGAGAAGGCCCAGGAGGACCGCGAGGCGCAUCCAGAGGCCGAGGCCGACGACGACGACGAUGGCGUCCAGGCCAUGGAGCUCGGGGAGGAGGAGGACGGUGGUGAGAAGAAGAGCGACGAUGCCCAGGGUGGGCUCGACGACGACGAUGACGGCGAGGCUGGCGAGGCGAGUGGCCCGCCGCCGCCGCCCAAGGCGUCCGAGAGCAACGAGCGCGAAGCUGAGAAGCCGAACAAGGCGCUGCCGUCGAACAUGGACAAGCUCCGUGAGCUGCUGACAGGCAAGAAGACUGCCGAACCCGAGGACGACGGAGCCGGCGGUGCUGGUGGCUCCAGCUCUGGAUCUGACGACGACGAGGAGGCCGGAACCGAAGACGGCGCCGGGAAAGACGGCGGACGCGACGGCGCCGAGGGAGGGCCCAAGGUCAUGGACUGGGUCCACAACCCGGGUGCAGUGGUCGAUGAGCCAGUGGCUGGUCCCGGCGACGCGGUCGAGGACGACGAGGUUGAGGCCGCCGAGCUUCUGCAGGGUGAGGAGGCGGUGCCGAUGAAUCUCGAGGCCGAAGCGCUCGGGUCGCAGCUGUGGGCGGCCAACGUGGCGGCGACGGCGGACCUGUCGGCGUCGCUCUGCGAGCAGCUGCGGCUUGUGCUCGAGCCAAAGCUUGCGUCUGCGCUCCGCGGCGACUACCGGACCGGCAAGCGGAUCAACAUGCGCAAGGUCAUCCCGUACAUUGCCUCGCAGUUUAAGCGCGACAAGAUCUGGCUGCGGCGGACCAAGCCGUCGAAGCGGAUGUACCAGGUCCUGCUGGCGAUCGACGACUCGGAGUCGAUGUCUGAGCAGGGCGCCGGGUCGACGGCGCUGGCGGCGAUGACGAUGAUGGCGCAGGCGCUGACCAAGCUCGAGGUUGGCGAGCUGGGCAUUGUGUCGUUUGGCGAGCAGGUGCGCGAGCUGCACGCACUCGGUACGCCGUUCAACGCGGCGGCCGGCGGGCGGGUGUGCUCGGCGUUCUCGUUUGGCCAAACGUCGACCAAGUACGACGCGCUGAUGGAGACGAGCCUGCGGCUGCUGGAGGAGGCGCGGCUGUCUGCGCGUGGGCCGGAGCACGUCCAGCUCAUGUUUGUGGUCUCGGACGGCGUCAUUCCCAACCGCGAGGCCGUCAAGCGGUACGUGCUCGACGCGGCGUCGCGCAACAUGGUCCUUGUCUUUAUCAUCAUCGACUCGGCCGACGACGACAAGUCGAUCCUCAAGCGCUCGUCGGUCAGCUACGUCAACGGACAGCUCAAGGUCGAGCCUGCUCUUGACGGCUUCCCCUUUGAGUACUACGUUGUCCUCCGCGAUAUUGCGGGCCUGCCGGACGUGGUUGCCGGCGUCCUGCGCCAGUGGAUGGACUCGGUGUAGCUCGGAAUGCGUGUAGUGUAAAAGGCAUUAGCUGUGG